AUGGUGAUCAACUCUGUCAAUGGCACUUCCAGCCAUAGUUUAGACAUCACAGUUUUGGGGCUGAAUAGCGGAACCUCGAUGGAUGGCAUUGAUUGCGCCCUUUGCCGAUUCUGCCAGGAGACCCCGGAAUCGCCUAUGCACUUCGAACUACUCAAGUAUGGUGAAAUUCCACUUGAGCCGGUGAUCAAGAAGCGGGUGAUGAACAUGAUCCUGCAUAAUAAGACAUCCCCUUCCGAGCUGUCAGAGGUCAAUGUGAUUCUGGGCGAGACCUUUGCCUCGGCCGUGCACCAGUUCUGUAAGGAUUACAAUGUGGACAUCAAAUCAAUUGACGUCCUCGGAUCUCAUGGCCAAACCAUCUGGCUACUCUCCAUGCCAGAAGCCGGUGAGACCCGCAGCGCUUUGACUAUGGCUGAAGGCACAUUCCUAGCCUCGCGCACGGGCAUCACCUCGGUCACCGAUUUCCGAGUGAGUGAUCAGGCAGCUGGACGUCAGGGAGCACCCCUCAUUGCCUUUUUCGACGCGCUGGUGCUACACCACCCGACAAAGCUGCGUGCAUGCCAGAAUAUCGGCGGCAUCGCAAAUGUCUGCUUUGUGCUCCCGGACAGCCACGGCGGUGUCGAUGCCUGCUACGACUUCGACACCGGUCCAGGAAACGUGUUCAUCGAUGCCGUAGUUCGCCACUAUACUAACGCCGAGCGCGAAUACGAUCAGGACGGUGAGAUGGGAGCCCGCGGUGCCGUCGACCAGGGACUUGUGGAUGACUUCCUGACACAUCCCUACUUUGCGUUGGAACCCCCCAAGACAACCGGUCGAGAAGUCUUCCGUGACACUCUCGCCUAUGAAUUCAUCGCUAAGGCUGAGGCCAAAGGGCUCAAGCCUGACGAUGUCGUCGCCACCAUAACCCGUGUUACCGCCCAGGCCAUCGUGGACCAUUACCGUCGCUAUGCUCCCAAGGGCCUUGAGAUCGCCGAAAUAUUCAUGUGCGGUGGUGGAGCCUAUAACCCCAACAUCGCCGCCUUUAUCCAGGAGAAUUACCCCAACACACGCAUUAUGAUGCUUGACGAGGCUGGUAUCCCUGGUGGCGCGAAGGAGGCCAUUACGUUUGCUUGGCAGGGAAUGGAGGCUGUCGUCGGCCGUUCUAUCCCUGUCCCCACUCGAGUCGAGACUCGCCAAGAAUAUGUUCUCGGUAAGGUGUCUCCGGGCAAGAACUACCGCAAAGUUUUGCGUCAGGGCAUGUUGUUUGGCGCUGGUCGCGAUCAUCUGCCCCCAGUAAAGGAGCUGAUUAACUACAUUGACGGCAAAGCUUUUGACAACAAGUGGUAA